CUAAGCUGGUCUGGGGGGUUCCUGACUGGCCCCUGAGCCCGUUUCUAUGAAAGGAGCUUUAGCCUACGGGAAGUGGUAAGACCAGGUGGACAUCUGGGGCUACCCUGUUCAGCUCCAGUCGCCUGGGGCCCAUCUCCAUUCCUCCCUCCAGCGCUGCCUGGGGGCUCAGGGCCUCACGGUUCCUUCGGGAACUCUAUGCGCCCCCAGAAGGGAGCAGGGGUAGGUUGUGCUGGCCCCGGGCCCCUCCCCAGUUUCACUUGGCAAGGCUGAUAAGCCAAAUUCCUCUUUGAGAAGUGACGCUGGCUCACCGCAGAGUUGACACACCUUCCUGUGUGUGUGUGGGACCUGGCAGGGGUUCCCCGGGGCUAGGAACUGAGAGUGGCCCCCCUCCCCCACCGGGGCUGCCCAAGGGUGAUUCCUGAAACCUGAGUGGGUGGGUGUGCACACGUGUGCACUGCAUGCACGCGUGUGCGUGUUUCCAGGGAGGGUGGCCCCGGCCCCAGCCGUGUCCUUCCUUCAGCACCCUGGGAACCUGCCACCGACCUGCUCACUGCUCUGGGCUCUCAUCCAGCCGGGGUCACAGCUAAGGCUGUCCCAGGGCUCAGCAGGCCGAGUCCCAGCCUCCAUAUGGGGGCUGAAGACGCAGUAGUUGAGGAGGAGGCUCUGCAGGCACCACCAGGGCCUGUACCCAGAGAGGGUGAGCUAUGUCCUUGGGGCCACAGGGCACAACUUCACUCUGCACCUUCGGAAGAACAGGGACCUGCUGGGCUCCGGCUACACAGAGACCUACACGGCUGCCAAUGGGUCCGAGGUGACGGAGCAGCUGCGCGGGCAGGACCACUGCUUCUACCAGGGCCAUGUAGAGGGUCACCCGGACUCAGCCGCCAGCCUCAGCACCUGUGCCGGCCUCAGGACCAGGCCACUCUGAAGCCCACGGCACACCCGGCUCCCGCUCCCCUCAGGGGUUUCUUCCAGGUGGGCUCAGACCUGCACCUGAUCGAGCCCCUGGAUGAAGGUGGAGAGGGUGGGCGGCACGCUGUGUACCAGGCUGAGCACCUCCUGCAGACAGCUGGGACCUGCGGGGUCAGUGACGACAGCCUGGGCAGCCUCCUGGGGCCCCGGACGGCAGCCGUCUUCAGGCCUCAGCCCGGGGGCUCUCUGCCGUCCCGAGAGACGCGCUAUGUGGAGCUCUAUGUGGUCGCGGACAAUGCAGAGUUCCAGAUGCUGGGGAGCGAAGCAGCCGUGCGCCAUCGGGUGCUGGAGGUGGUGAACCACGUGGACAAGCUAUAUCAGAAACUCAACUUCCGUGUGGUCCUGGUGGGCCUGGAGAUUUGGAAUCGUCAGGACAGGUUCCACGUCAGCCCCGACCCCAAUGUCACACUGGAGAACCUCCUGGCCUGGCAGGCGCGGCGGCUGACACAGCGGCACCUGCAGGACAACGUGCAGCUCAUCACGGGCGUCGACUUCACUGGGACCACCGUGGGGCUUGCCAGGGUGUCUGCCAUGUGCUCCCACAGCUCAGGGGCUGUGAACCAGGACCACAGCAAGAACCCCGUGGGCGUGGCCUGCACCAUGGCCCACGAGAUGGGCCACAACCUGGGCAUGGACCACGACGAGAACGUUCAGGGCUGCCGCUGCUGGGAACCCUCUGAGGCCGGCCGCUGCAUCAUGGCGGGCAGCAUUGGCUCCGCGUUCCCCAGGAUGUUCAGUGACUGCAGCCGGGCCUACCUGGAGGGCUUUCUGGAGCGGCCACAGUCAGCCUGCCUCGCCAACGCCCCUGACCUCAGCCACCUGGUGGGCGGCCCUGUGUGCGGGAACCUGUUUGUAGAGCGUGGGGAGCAGUGCGACUGCGGCCCCCCCGAGGACUGCCGGAACCGCUGCUGCAACUCCACCACCUGCCAGCUGGCUGAGGGGGCCCAGUGUGCGCACGGUACCUGCUGCCAGGAGUGCAGGGUGAAACCAGCUGGUGAGCCGUGCCGUCCCAAGAAGGACACAUGUGACCUCGAGGAGUUCUGUGACGGCCGGCACCCUGAGUGCCCAGAAGACGCCUUCCAGGAGAACGGCACGCCCUGCUUCGGGGGCUACUGCUACAACGGGACCUGCCCCACACUGACCCAGCAGUGCCAGGCCUUCUGGGGGCCAGGUGGGCGGGCUGCCGAGGAGUCCUGCUUCUCCUAUGACAUCCUACCAGGCUGCAAGACCAGCUGGUACAGGGCUGACAUGUGUGGCGUUCUGCAGUGCAAGGGCGGGCAGCAUCCCCCAGGGCGCACCAGCUGCAUCGUGAACCGUGUGUGCCACGCGCUCACCACAGAGGAUGGCACUGCCUAUGAGCUAGUGCCCGAGGGCACCCGGUGUGGACCAGAGAAGGUUUGCUGGAAAGGACAUUGCCAGGACUUACACGUUUACAGAUCCAGAAACUGCUCCGCCCAGUGCCACAGCCACGGGGUGUGCAACCACAAGCAGGAGUGCCACUGCCAUGCAGGCUGGGCCCCGCCCUACUGCGCAAAGCUGCUGACUGAGGUGCACGCAGCAUCCGGGAGCCUCCCUGUCAUCGUGGCGGUGGUUCUGGUGCUCCUGGCAGUUGUGGUCACCCUGGCAGGCAUCAUCGUCUACCGCAAAGCCUGGAGCCGCAUCCUGAGCAGGAACGCGACUCCCAAGACCACCACGGGGCUCUCCAACCCCCUGUUUCACCAGGCUGCCAGCCGCAUGCCGGCCAAGCAGGGGGCUCCGGCCCCAACCAGGGGCCCCCAAGAGCAGGUCCCCACCACCCACACAGGCCAGCCCGCCAGACACCUGGCCUCCUCGGUGGCUCUGAAGAGGCCGCCCCCUGCUCCUCCGGCCACUGUGUCCAGGCCACCCUUCCCAGUUCCUGUCUAUGCCCAGCAGGCACCAAAGCAGGUCAUCAAGCCGACAUUCGCGCCCCCAGCACCCCCAGUCAAACCCGGGGCUGGUGCGACCAAGCCUGGUCCAGCUGAGAGUGCUGUUGGCCCAAAGGUUGCCCUGAAGCCCCCCAUCCAGAGGAGGCAAGGGGCCGGAGCUCCCACUGCACCCUAGGGAGGCACCUGUGCCUGUGUGGAAAUUUGGAGAAGUUGCAGCGGAAAACCAUGCCUUCCAGCAUUCCAGGGUCCAGCUAGCGCCGCUCGGCUCUGGACCCUGACUUUGCAGGCUCAGCUGCUGUUCUGACCUCAGGAAUGCAUCCACCUGAGAGGCUCCUGCUCUCAGGCCCUCAGCCACUCCCUUCUCCCCGCCUUGGCCCCGCGUAGCCCCAGCUGUCUGCAGGCACCAGGCUGGGAUGAGCUGUGUGCCUGCAGGUGCAUGCGUGUGUAUGUGUCUCCAGGUGGCCACUGGUCUCCCCCUGUGUUCAGGAGGCCACAUACACAGCCCCUUCCGGCCACACCUGCCCCAGCUCUGGAGCCUGCUGAGCGGCUGCCCUGGGUACCCAGUUCCAGGCGGCACAGAUGUGGGGUAUCCCCAGAAAGACUCCAUCCCAGGACCACGUUCCCCUGGGUGCCCUUCAAGAGGGUGUCAGGGAGCGGACUGCACCCCAAGCUCCCGACUGCAAGUCCCCUGAUCGUGGGGCCUGUUUCCCAUGGGAUUCAAGAGGGACAGCCCCAGCUUCGUGUGUAUUUAAGCUUAGGAAGCGCCUUUAGGGAAAGGGCUGCUUGGGAGAGUCAGCUGUCUUGUCUGGUUUUCUUGAGACCGCAGAUGUGUGUUCAGCAGGGCUGAAAGCUUUUAUUCUUUAAUAAUGAGAAAUGUAUAUUUUACUAAUAAAUUAUUGACCGAGUUCUG